CCCGCCGUGGACUUCUUCUCCAGCCAAGUGAUGAUCCAUCCGGUGACCAACCGCCCGGCGGACAAGCGAAGCUUCAUCCCUUCCCUCGUUGAGAAGGAGAAGGUCUCGCGCUUGGUGCACGCCAUCAAGAUGGGCUGGAUCAAGCCCCGGAAGCCCAAGGAGGAGGCGCCGACCUUCUACGACCUCUGGGCCCAGGAGGACCCCAACUCCAUCCUGGGGCGCCACAAGAUGCACGUCCCGGCCCCCAAGCUCCCCCUGCCCGGGCACCAGGAGUCCUACAACCCCCCGCCCGAGUACCUGCCCUCCGAGGAAGAGAAACUGGCCUGGGAGCAGGAGGAUCCCUCGGAGCGCAAGCUGAGCUUCCUCCCGCAGCGCUACGACUGCCUCCGCCACGUGCCGGCCUUCCCCCGCUUCAUCCACGAGCGCUUUGACCGCUGCCUCGACCUCUACCUGUGUCCGCGCCAGAGGAAGAUGCGGGUCAACGUGGAUCCUGAGGACUUGAUCCCCAAGCUGCCCAAGCCCCGGGACCUGCAGCCCUUCCCCACCGUCCAGGCUUUGGUCUACCGGGGCCACUCCAGCCUCGUGCGCUGCCUCAGCGUCUCCCCCAGCGGACAGUGGCUGGCAUCAGGUUCUGAUGACGGCACCGUGAGGUUCUGGGAGGUGUGCACGGCCCGGUGCAUGAAGACCCUGCCCGUGGGAGGCUGCGUGAAGAGCGUGGCCUGGAACCCCAACCCCACCCUCUGCCUGGUGGCCGUCGCCGUGGAGCAGUCGGUGCUGCUGGUGAACCCCGGCCUUGGGGACAAGCUGCUCUAUGGGGCCACGGACCAGUUGUUGGAGAGCUACGUGCCCCCCGAGGAGGAGCGGCCGCAGCCGGUCAAGUGGGAAGAAGCCUCCGGAGAGGAGCACGGGCGGGGCCUCAGGCUCAUCGUCCGGCACGGGAAGGCGCUGACGCAGGUGACGUGGCACGGGAAGGGGGACUACUUUGCGACGGUGGUCUCGGACAACAGCCACCUGCAGGUGCUGAUCCACCAGGCCAGCAAGCGCUGGAGCCAGGCGCCCUUCCGCCGCAGCAAGGGCCAGGUGCAGCGCGUCCUCUUCCACCCGCUCCGGCCCUUCUUCUUCGUGGCCACGCAGCGCUUCGUCCGCGUCUACAACCUGCUCAAGCAGGAGCUCACCAAGAAGCUCCAGGCCAACUGCAAGUGGGUCUCCAGCAUGGCCCUCCACCCGGGAGGCGACAACUUAAUCUGCGGCAGCUACGACAGCAAACUGGCCUGGUUUGACCUGGACCUCUCCACAAAGCCCUACCGCGUCCUGAGGCACCACAAGGCCGCCCUGAGGGCCGUGGCCUUCCACCCGCACUACCCGCUCUUUGCCUCGGGGUCCGACGACGGAAGCGUCAUCGUCUGCCACGGAAUGGUCUACAACGACCUGCUCCAGAACCCGCUGAUUGUGCCGGUGAAGGUGCUGAAGGGCCACGCUCCGGCCCACGACCUGGGGGUCCUGGAGGUCCUCUUCCACCCCAGCCAGCCCUGGCUCUUCUCCGCCGGCGCCGACGCCACCGUCCGACUCUUCACGUAGCCCGGAUCGUGCCCUGGGCCCAGUGGCCUUCCUUUGCCGGGCCUCUGCACAGACUGCUCUCUGUUUUCCAGAGGACGGACCGGCCGGGCAGGCGGGCUUUUCACCCUGCAGAACUCACCUUGCCAUUAAACUUUUGGAUCCAGGUCUUUUAUCCGCACCGGGUCCUUCCUUGCUUCCCAGCGUGUUUACGCUGGCUGUAUCUACACUGCCAUGUAAAAUCCAGAUUAUCUGCUUUGAACUGGAUUUUAGGGUGGUGUGGACUCAUAUGAUCCAGUUCAAAGCAGUCUGUCCUUGUCUUUGUCUCCCUAAGAGACAGCUGUUAUCCCAGAGCUGUGGCUGUGUCGAACUCCAUUGGUUUUGCAUUGAUGUGGCAUUGGUGGGUGUGUUGUUUCGUGGGGAAACAAGCAUUUAAUUUCGUUGUACAGUGUACAAUGACAAUAAAGUAAUUAAUCUGGAUGAUCUGAUUUGAUAUCCUGGAUUAUAUGGCAGCCUAAAUCCAGCCACAGGCAAAGAGCGGAGCUUUGUUGUCGAAGGCUUUCAUGGCCGGAAUCACUGGAUUGUUGUGAGUCUUCUGGGCUAUAUGGCCAUGUUCCAGAAGCAUUCUCUCCUGACGUUUUGCCCACAUUUAUGGCAGGCACCCUCAGAGGUUGUGAGGUCUGUUAGAAACUGGGCAAGUGAGGUUUAUAUAUCUGUGGAAUGUCUACGGUGGGAGAAAAAACUUUUAUCUGUUUGUGGCAUGUAUGUAUGUUGAAAUUUGCCAUCGUAUUUAAAGCAUUGAAUGGCCUUUCAGCUUCAACACCUGGCUACUUCCUGCCUGGGGGAAUGCUUUGUUAGAAGGUGUUACCUGGCCCUGAUUGUUUCCUGCCUGGAAUACCCGUUUUCAAAGUGUUGUUCUUUAUUUACUGUCCUGAUUUUAGAGUGUUUUUAAAAUUACUGGUGGCCAGAUUUUGUUCAUUUUCAUGGUUUCCUCCUUUCUUCCAACAAAGGAUUUCCUCAGGCAGGAAGCAGCCAGGCUUUGGGGCUGCAAGGCCGUUCAGUGCUAAUCAAGGUGGCCAGUUGCAACAUUCACACUUGCGUCAGACAGAGGAGAGUUCUUUCUCCCACCCUGGAUAUCAUUCCACAUACAAACCCCACUUACCUAGUUUCCAAAAGACCUCACAACCCCUGAGGAUGCCUGCCAUAGAUGUGGGUGAAGCAUCAGGAGAGAGUGCUUCUGGACAAAAUGAACAAAAUCCACAAGCAUGUGGACAACGUCAACAGAAAGGAAGAAACCAUGAAAAUGAACAAAAUCUGGCUACCAGUAUUAAAAAAACUCUAAAAUCAAAAUAGUAGAUGGGAACCAACACUCUGAGGGCAGAGGGCAGCUAAUGACUGAACAAAGGAUGCCCCCAGGCAAGAGACAAAAACCUUUCCAAUGCUAAUUAGGGUGAUUAACUGAAACAUUAAUGCUGGCUUCCCAGUGACAAAGGACUCUUGCCACACCCUGGACUCUACACAGAUAUAUAUUCUUUCCUUUCCUUACUUAGUUUCUCCAUACCUCACAACCUCUGAGGAUGCCUGCCAUAGAUGUGGGUGAAACGUCAGGAGAGAGUGCUUCUGGAACAUGGCCAGGCAGCCUGGAAAACUCUCAGCAACAAAGUGGUUAAUGCCUUUUAAAGAGCUAAGAAAAUGAAAUGGAGUAGACACACCCAAUGCAGAUUUCCACACUAGGCCACAAAUCCAGGACAUACUCAUAGAGCAGAGUUUCUCCAAUUGCCACCCCAGAUGUUUUGGACUUCAGCUCCCACAAUUCACAAUAGUUGGUCAGAUGGCUAGGAAUUCUGGGAGCUGGAGUCCAAAACACCUGGAGGAGCAGAGACUGAGGAACACUGGCAUAGCGGGAUCCCCGGACUCUGCUGGUUUGUUGACUGCAAAACAUGGGAUAAAUUACUAAUAUCUAACAAAAAAGAGAUUUCAAAAAGCUAUAAUAUAUUAUUGGGAUGGUCAACAGAAGAAGUGACAGUGAAACAAUGUAUGACACAUUGGUCGAUCUAUCAAUUUUUCAGAAUGGGAAUUAGUUUGGAAGAAAAAAAAUCAACUACACCUACGCUUGGGACCUAAAAGAAAACUGGUUAAAAAUCUUCCACAGAUGGCAUAUGACUCCAAAAAAGUUGCGAGCUGUGUAUAAAAAUUACUCAAAUAAUUGUUGGAAAUGUAAGUCUCAGGAGGGAUCGUUUUACCAUCUCUGGUGGUCGUGUCCGAGAAUACAGAAAUUUUGGGAAAAUAUCCAUGAAGAAAUUCAAAAAAUAUUGAAUAUAAA